GCCGGCAAGAGGUACGACACCAUCAUCAAGCUACCCGUCCAAAACCUGCCCUCGAAGCCUCGAUUUGUUGCCUUUGCGAUCAACGACAAGCUCGCCUGAACCGACAGGAUGGCUUCUCGGAUUCCCCAGUUCAACCAGCAGGUCCUUUACGACACCACCCCCUUGCCGGACUCGAUCCCCAAGGUCAAGGAACUCGGUGCCAGUUCUGCCCCGCUUAUGUCCGCCGCCUACUUCAUCGGAGCCCGGUGCCGCGAUUACAACGAUGAUUUCAUGCAGUGUAAGAACGAGAACCCUGGAAAGGGCGAGUUUGAGUGUUUGAAGGAGGGCCGAAGGGUUACCCGAUGCGCCCGGAGCGUUAUCGCCGACAUCAACAAGUCAUGUCUGGAAGAGUUCCGCAAGCACUGGACAUGCCUUGAGGACAACAACCAGCAGCUCUGGCAAUGCCGACCUGCCGAAUGGAAGCUGAACAAGUGUGUUUUUGAGAACUUGGGUCUCAAGAAGGAAAUCCCCGAUCAGCCCCCCAACGUCACACCCGUCCACCUCAGGAAGCAGAUGAUCUAUGCGCAUUGGCCCAUCCCCCGUUCCGCCGAGCCUUUCGUUCCCCCAACACAGACUGGUGACAACAACAAGGCGCCAGCUGCCGCUUCGUCAUCGUCGUAAGGGCAAUUCGAGCAGGAGUGAAGGGGAAGAAGGGGAAGGGAAGCCUGGCAGAACAACAGGACUAGCAGGAAGAACAGAACUGCAAGGAGAAUAUGCCAAGGGCGAAGAUAAUUCCCAGAAAGACGGUAUGGUAAUGAUUAUAACUUCUACGUACCCUCUAGGACCAUAUGGUAAAGAUGAAUAGACAAUGCAAACCAAGCGGUUGAGGAUAGAACUGGGCGUUGUCUGUGUAGGCUGGCAUGUAAUGUGUCAGGGCGGGGGGCGCUUCGAGUUGAACGGCAGCACACUGUACAUACGUUUAUCCACCUUCGUCAUCGGCCAUAAAGACAACACUCACGGUAUAUAUGUCAUCCGGUAGUAUGAUUUGGUAUUAACUUAGGAUCCACAUUAUACGUCUCGCGCUUCCAAUGUUAGAACCACGGCCAGGUCACUCUCCCCCAGGCUGACACAAACGACAGGAUUGACAACGAACUGACAGCUUGGUCGUACACAUGACCUCUACACUACGUUUUGACAGACUUCGAUUCCACAAGAGAAGGGGAUCGUUCUGCAAGUACUAGCAGUACGAGAACAACCGCGCAACUAUUCCACAAGACACGGUAAGCCCUUGCUCACAUACUUCGGUCUUUUCCAGAUUCCCUCAGGCAGCGCGACGGUCUCACCUUAUCGUGCAUGUGCCUGUUCCUGUGCCUGUGCCAUCUUUAACCGGGCUUGCCCGACUUUGACUUUUGUUGCUGCCUUCUUCGUCUGACACAACGCCUGGGACGGGUUACUUACCGCCAUCACUACCUACCUCUAGGGUUCACCCAACACAUCCCUCGAAUGCUCG